AUGUCUUACAGCUGCUGCCCUGGGACCUUCUCCUCCAGCAAUGUUGGGGACCACCUGCAGUAUUCAGGAGGCUCCUAUGGAUCCUCCCUCCAAAGCAACCUGUUCCACAGCACUAGUGUCUGCUCUCCCCGGCCCUGCCUCCAGGCCUCCUCUCUCCAAGGAGCCUGUCAGGAGACCUUCCACCAGCCCACCAGAUGCCAGACGUCCUACGUGGCUUCCAGGCCUUGCCACACAUCCUGCCACCGCCCAAGCGUCUCCACCUGCUAUAGCCCGGGCCAGUCGACUUUUACUGGCUCUCUGGGCUUUGGGUCCAGCAGCUGCCACUCUCAGGGCUACGCAUCUGGAAGUUCUCAGGUCCUGAGCUGUGGAUCCAGUGGCUUCAGACCUCAGAUCAUCGCUUCCCAGGGCUAUGGGUCUGGAUUCUGCCGCCCAGCCUACUUGCCUUCUAGGCCCUGCCAGUCCUCAUGCUACAGACCAUCCUGCGGAUCCGGGUCUGGCUUCUGUUGA